GCUAUCGGACGGAAGAGAGCUCGAUAGGACGAACACUUCUUCCUAGGUCGAUCCACGGCGACAAGGAUUGGAAGACGCUCAAUCGCGUCGUCCAGGAUUCGUGAUUCAGGUAGCUCAUUCACAGUACCGGCGAAGGGAAAGGGGCGGGCUCCAUGAAAAUCUUCGCAGCGUCGAUGGUGUAGGUUUUCGACUCUAGCAUCGAAAUAUUUCCGAGAAUGAGCAUUGAGGCGUAGAUUUAGCGAUGGCUGGGAAGAUCGAGGACGACUACGCGAGCAGCUUUCUCGAGCAAGCUCGCCACUGCUUGAGGGAUGGGAGCUAUGACCGGGCGCUGUCGCUGCUAGGACGAGUCGAGAGGCUCCGCCCGACCAUGGGUGGGAUCUCUGAGCUCGCCGCGAUUGCGCAAGUGUGCCAGGCAGCGAUUUGGAGGUGUUCGUGUAGAAUGCAGGUUCCGAGACCGAGAAAUCCAGAUUGGUACCGCGUGCUCCAGGUGGAUGAGGAGGCCGAUUCCAUCGCGAUCAAGAAGAGAUAUCGUCAGCUUGCUCUUUUAUUGCAUCCGGACAAGAACAAAAAUGCAAAAUCGGAGGAAGCGUUCAAGCUUGUCUCGGAGGCAUAUGCCUGUCUUUCGGACAGAAGUCUGCGUAGAUCAUUCGACAUUGAACGCUCCAAGUCUUACUGUUCCAGGUGCUACUCACAGGAGUCCUUAAGACGUAAGACGGAGGAUGCUAGCAAGUCACAGACCGAUUUCCUGAAAACAGAACAGGAAAGGCUUCAGAUGUUUCGGGAGAAGGCGAGAGCGAGAGUUACGUCGCUAACGCAGGAUAUACGGACGAGGCGAUCCAGGUGGAACGCAGACUUAGAAUCGGCAAGGGAGAAGUACCAGAACAAAAGAGUGGACAGGAAAAGUAUGUUUUCGGAGGAUCGGCAAACGCGGGAGAGCGAUGUGUUUCAACCGGGUUUGCAAACUGGGAGGAAGUUUCACGUUACUCCAGAGUCGGACUUGAUGAGCAUCUUGAGGGGCCGGAGGCCGUUCGAGCGAGAGAGGUCGCAGGUUUCUGAAAGUUUGGAUGGACUUCUAAGCAGGCUCAGGAAAGACUCGAGAGAAGAAUUCAGUUUUAGCAGCUACAGGGCCAAGAAACCUCUACCAGGCGAGGUGGACACUCCUGAAAGUUCCAGGCCACGGGAAGGAGCGGCCGCUCCAUUCACAGAUGGCCAAUUCGGUUACUUCAGGGACAACCACGGCCAGUGUUCUGACAUUACCAACAGAUUCUUUUCCAAGCGUGUUUCAUCACUUGCUGAAACACUUCCCGCAAGAAAGCUCUUCAAGGAAGAGGACGAGAUCGUAGAAGAAAGUCUGGAAACAGCAGCAGCAGCAUCGGAUUUGAGGCGUCACACCAAGGCAGCAGAAGCAACAACGGAGAGCUCGUCCCACACGGAAAUUCGAAGCUCCAUGGCAGCAGAAGCAUCCUCCGAGGCAACUCCACCGCCAGCGGCAACUCAGGCAGGAAUGUGGAGCUCGAGGGGACACCACAACCUGCGAGGCAACUUGGUCGGAGACGAGUCCAGUGCGACGCGAACCGAGUACACCGAGAGUCUCUUCUGCUGCGGCUCCAGGAAGAGCGUCCUCAAGGAACAAAGACAGAAAUCGGAAGAACUGCUGAAGACUCUAGAACGACUCCGUCAAGAGGCCAAGAGCGUGGCUGCGACACUGGACAAGCUGAAACGAAAGGUCGAUUCUCACCCGGGUCCUGGCGAGGAGGCUCUUAGAUCACCGCCACCAAUCGUGGUAUGAUCUUGUCUACAAAGUCUUUUGCUUCUUUGAAACAAAUAACCAUGUAGCUAAACUUUUGGUAAUCUCAUUCCCAUUCUUUGUGACA